AUGUCCACCAAGCCCCAAUGUGGCCUAUCGCCAAGCAGCGGCGCGAUGCCACCAUGCAUAUUCAUCAGCUUCAUUGUCUCAGCCAGUAUUGUCUCACCUGGAGCCGCCCAGCGCCCCCAGACCUCCGGCUGCCCCGAAGCUACGAUCACGCUGUUCGUGGGCGCCGCGACCGGCGGGGUCAGCGUACAGCGGUGUUGCCGCACAAAAGAGCCUUCA